UCUUGUGUUUUUGUCAAAGGUUACCAGCAGGUAACCUCCCAGCAGGUGGCUAAGACUGUGACUGAGCACACCAGAGGAACAUGUAAUGACAUGGAGCCAGAAAUAAACUGCUCUGAAUUAUGUGACAGUUUCUCUGACCAGGAGCUGGAUUGGAGACCCCUUCAUGAUGUCUGUAGGACAACAAUUACUUCUUCCCACUACAGCAGUAAGAACAUUUCUUCAUUAUCUCCUGUACUCUUGGGUAUUGUUUGGACUCUUCUCAGCUGUGGACUGCUUCUGAUAGUCUUCUUUCUUGGCUUUACAAUUCACUACAGGAAGAACAGGAUUGUGAAGAUGUCCAGUCCCAACCUGAACAUUGUAACCUUGCUAGGCAGUUGCCUGACCUACAGUAGUGCUUACCUCUUUGGGAUUCAAGAUCAGUCUGCUUUGGUGGGAAGCUCAAUGGAAGUUCUCAUUCAGAUAAGACUGUCCAUGCUGUGCAUUGGAACCUCCCUUGUGUUUGGCCCCAUUCUGGGGAAGAGCUGGCGACUCUACAAGGUGUUUACCCAGAGGGUCCCGGACAAGAGAGUGAUAAUCAAAGACCUGCAGCUACUGGGGUUGGUGGCAGCUCUGGUGGUAGCUGAUGUGAUCCUGCUCGUGAUGUGGGUUCUGAUUGAUCCCAUCCAGUGCCUCCAGAUUCUUAGUGUCAGUAUGAUGGUGACAAGGAGAGAUGUGUCCUGCUCUCUGACCAGCACACACUUCUGUGCUUCCCGAUAUUCUGAUGUCUGGAUUGCUCUCGUUUUGGGAUGCAAGGGCAUGCUGCUGCUGUAUGGGGCCUACCUGGCAGGCCUGACAGAUCAUGUCAGCUCACCUCCAGUGAACCAGUCUCUCACCAUCAUGGUCGGGGUCAACCUCGUGGUGCUGGCUGCUGGCCUUCUUCUCGUGGUCACCAGAUAUUUGCACUCCUGGCCCAACCUAGUCUUCGGACUCACUGCUGGAGGGAUCUUUGUUUGCACAACUACAGUCAACUGCUUCAUCUUCAUUCCCCAGUUGAAACAGUGGAAGGCAUUCGAAGAGGAAAAUCUGACAGUCAGAAGCAUGGCCAAAUAUUUCAGCACUCCCAGCAAAAUCUUCCAGACCCAGUAUGAAGAGGACCAGAACUGCCAUGGCAGAGGAGAGAGAAACUCCAUGGAGAGACUCCUCUCAGAAAAAAACGCUGUGAUUGAAAGCCUGCAGGAACAAGUCAACAACGCCAAAGAGAAGCUAGUGAAGCUGAUGGCAGCGGAACAUACCCACAACUCCUCUGAGUGCUCAAUGGCCCCAACCCCUUUCCACAGCAAGCACAUAAGGAUCUCAACCCAAGGCCUGGAAGUAACUCAAGGGCCUUUGGAAAGUCUCUCUGACUCUCAGAAUGAUACCAGCAUCGCUGCUCAGGGCUCCCAAAGUACCUCAGUGCCUUCCUCAAGUGUACCUAGCCUGGAGGGGCAAGGGCAGAAGGAAACCAUGUUUGACUUGAAAGACCUAUCUGGUCAUUUAAAUUUGGACUGCAGCCAGAAGUCUGGAACUGAGGAAAACCAGAGUACAGAAAGGAGAAAUGAGAUGACCAAGGCCCCCUGCCAGAGUCUCAGGCCCACUGGAAAAGGUUCUCCUCCCCAGAGACAGGGGCAGCUAGAGAAUGCAGAGAAGCCCCAAAAACAGUUGACAACGGUUGAUUCAGUGAUAAGAGAGAAGCUUCAGGAAGUCCUAAAAGAUCUGGGCCUGGGCUCUGAGGCUCCCUCCUUCCCAUCUCGUCCCCAGCAGCUCUGGAAGAAUAGAUCUGAUCUCAAACCCCAGAAGGUUCCUCUCUCCAAGGAGCUGGGCUUCAGCCCAUACAUGGUGAGGAGAAGGCGGCCAACACCACGGGUUCGCUCACACUUUCCUGCCUCUCGACCCUCCGACGGGGGUUGUCAGGCAAACAGGACUGUUUCCAGGGCACAUAGGGGACUGACUGUGCAGAGCAGGGAGGGACCCAGCCUGGAUGCCCAAACUGCUGCUUCCAGGGGACUAAGACAAUCUUCUAGGAAGUCUGUGCUCCGUUCAGGCCAUCAGGGAAAGCGGGUCUCCCUGGACAGCAGCAAACCAGGCCAGGUGCAGCUCCAGAAGGCCAGAGGGAAGGCAACAGCCUUUCUUCUCAAGCCCUCUGGGGCUGGCCAGGCACAGAGUCUCACUGCUUCGGGCCCAUCCAGGGCUUCCCUAGACCUGCCGCUGCAGCCCCUGGGAUCCCUAGGAUGCACCCCACUUCCUGUUCCAAGCAGCUAUUUUGACACCGAGUCCAGCAGCUCAGAUGAGUUCUUCUGCCAUUGUCACCGGCCAUACUGUGAAAUCUGCUUCCAGAGCUCGUCAGAUUCCAGUGACAGCAGCUCAUCAGAGACUGACCCUGAGCAGGCUGUGGGACUGGCUUCCUGGGAAAAACUGUGGGCACGCUCGAAGCCCAUUGUGAACUUCAAAGAUGACUUGAAACCCACACUGGUGUGAGCAGCAGCAGAGCAGAUUCAGGUCCAGAGACCAGCUGAUCCCAGCAGUGCUGAGGCCCAAAGGGGCCAGAGAGACCAG